GCGAUGGUGGAGCCCUCCAACUUCUCGUGGGUGGCUGAGGGGCGGCUGGCGGGGCUGGGCAUGCCGCGGGAGCCGGGCCACUACCGCUUCCUGCUGGGCCAGGGUGUGCGGCACCUGGUGUCGCUGUCAGAGAGGCCCCCCCUGCACCAUGGCUGCUGCCCCGCGCUGCAACUCCACCGCUUCCGCGUGCCCGACUUCACCCCACCGACACCCGGACAGAUCCAGAGCUUCCUGCAGCUGGUGGAGGAGGCCAACGGCCGCGGGGAGGCGGUGGCAGUGCACUGCAUGCUGGGGUACGGCCGGACGGGCACCAUGCUUGCCUGCUACCUGGUGAAGACGCAGAAGAUGAGCGGCAGCGACGCCAUCCGGGAGAUCCGCAGGCUGCGGCCGGGCUCCAUCGAGACGUGGGAGCAGGAGCAAGCCGUCAUGGAGUUCCACCGGCGCUUUAGUGCUGGAGAGGACGUCAGGGAGGCGUGAGCGUGAGCAUCUCUACGAGCAGCGCAUGCUGGACGGAGGGCCACCAGGGACCCCUGCCUCCACCGUGUCCCACCAGGUGCAGACGUCAUUGCUCCAUGUUGACCCGCUGCCACCCCCAAGCCACGCUCCCCAGCCUUCAACCCAAGCAUCACCGCUUGGAACCCAACAGCGGCACCCCAGAAUUGGGGAUCCCAUGUCGCAAGGGUCUGAGUCUCAGCCCGCCAGCCCUGGCGCUGGUCACCCGCCAACGCGGUGACGCAACGCGGAGGGUGACAGCAGCGUCAGCGCCCCAGGGCCGUCCCAGGACGUGGAUGCUUAAAGGGAAGCUUAGAUGGAAUUUAGGCAUCUCCGUUCCAAAAGUGCAAUCCUGAAAAUCUCUUCUCAGCUGCUCCUAACCUUGGUGGCAUUUAAAUCCUAAGUGCAAGAAGCGUCACCGUCCCCAUUCCCGGGCUCGUGGCGCAGUGCCGGAACACGCAGUGCUCACCGAGUGCCAGCGCACCACCUGCGUUGUGGGCUGGAGGGCCCUUGCUCCACUCAAACACCUCCACGUCUCCUAAUGUGACGGUGAAACCCC